AACGCGACGGGAUCUAUAAGUUUCUACAAAUGGUUGGAUAAUGUUCAUAUUUGUACGAGGACUACAAAUAAAAAACUUUGUGCAUCGUACAGGCAAUUCUAAAACGUGUGAUAUGAAGAAUUUAAAAAAUUAUAAAACCGCGUAUUGUGCGGCAAUUACAAACGUGUUUGAUUGCGCAUGUUUAUUUAUACACGUGUGGCACACCACAUUAUUUUCAAAUAAUAUAACAAAUGGAAUGAAGAUAUGUGAAGAUCCACAAUAAAUUGACUUCUCUCAUCAAUUGUUAAUUGAUGAUGGUAUAAAUCACUUGCGAAUCCGUACACUUGACUAUAUAUAGUUGUACUUGACUAAUAGUGUAACAAAACGAAAGGAGAAUCGAUAGUUUGAAGGAAAAAAUGUAUUCGGUGUGUUUAACGGCUUUUCUCGUCGUAUCGAUAUGCAGUUUGACCGCUCAGCAGCCAACGUUCUUUAGAAGUACAUUCAAGGGGUUAAGCGGCCUCACACCAAGCGUCGUUGCACAUAUGAAAGACGAGAUACGAGCCGUUUAUUACCACGAACAAACAGUGGCAGUGGUCGAUCUCGGACCGAGAAAUGAACUACAUGAUUGUAAUAUAAUCGAAGUAUACGAGCCGUCCGAGGCUACACAGGUUUUGCGAAACUUAUCUAUGAGUUUACAUCCACAAGUGGUGUCCUUCCAGGAGAUAACGAGACUCAUGCAACAAUGCGAAUUGUUAGACAAAUUACAGGUGGAGGCCACGUCCACUUUACCUACAAAUGCAUUGAGUAGAGGGACUCGCAUAGCCGCGAGUUCCAUAACUUUGCUCUCCGGCAUUCUGCCAGGCACAAAAUGGUGCGGCACGGGUGACAUAGCUGAAAAUUAUCAUGAUUUGGGCGAUUUACCUCAUAUCGACAGAUGUUGUCGUAAUCACGAUCUGUGCCCAAUAAAAGUACGAGCCCAACAGACCCGAUACAAUCUCACUAAUUAUUCAAUAUACACUAAAUCACACUGUACUUGCGACCGAGCUCUUUAUCAAUGUUUAAAAGCUGCUAACCAUCCAACGGCAAAUUUGAUGGGGCAAAUAUACUUCAAUAUCGUUAAAGUACCGUGUAUAGAAGAUAUAGGAAGAAAUCGAUAUCCAUUAAGAAAAUUUGUAUCUGUAAAAAAGGAAUACUAAUUAUAAGAUACCA